AACACUGUUUACUUCAACUUUCUCAUGCAUGCACGACUGAUUUCAAAAGAGCUUUCUACUGAGCAUGCGUCGUUCAAGCAAUCGUUACGAGCUCUCGAAAACUUCUUCGGUUCAAAACAACGCAUUCUAAUAAAAGAACUAUCAAAUUGAAUAAAACAACGAAGAUUUGAAGGACGAAAUAAUGGCUAUAGUGAGAAACGCUCGAGAUAUUUGUGAUUUAAAUUGUAGCUUGUGUGAAGAGAACUUUAAAAAUCCAAAAGUACUACCAUGUUUGCAUUCUUUCUGUCAAUCAUGCCUGGACGCAACAAUAAGGGGACAAGAACGGGUUCUGAUAUGUCCAACAUGCAGCAUUGACAUUCCUAUCCCCACAAAAGGUAUGGACGCAUUCCCAACCAACUCUUUCAUCAACAAUAUGCUCAACAUCCUUGCUGUACAAAAUCCAACAAAUUGCACGAAUUGUGAAGACAGAGAGCUAGCUACAUCAAGAUGUUUAGACUGCGUUGAAAACUUGUGCCAAAAUUGCGUCACAGCUCAUGAAAGGAUCCGGCAAACUAAGGGACAUAACAUCAUUUCUUUUGAAGAAUUACAAAACAACGCCGUGCACGAUGCCAUAAAAUGUCCAUCAUUCUGUAAAGUACAUGAUAGAGAGAUGCUCAAGUAUUUCUGCGAGUCUUGCGACGACGCCAUUUGUCGAGACUGCGCGAUAUACGAACAUCGCGAGCAUCACUAUCUAGAUUUAAAGGAAGCAGUCAAGUCACACAGAGAAGGUGUCACUAACUUGUUGGACAACAGCAAACGGAAAAUUCCUGUCAUAAAACUUGCUCUGAAGGAAAUUACAGAAGUUGCAGAAAGUUUAAGAGAAAGAAAAAAUUCGGUUGCUAACGUCAUCAAUGAGACUGUUGACUGCCAUGUGAAAAAACUAGAGGAGAAGCGAGUUGAAUUGUUGGACCGUUUGCAACAUACUUUCAUUGAAAAAGAAGCUGUAUUGAAAGAACAACAUCUAAGUCUUGAAAUGGAUUUAAACAACCUGCUGACUGGUAGUGAAUUUGUUGAAUUCAUGAUGCGGUAUGGAAACGAGGCUGAGAUUAUGAUGGUAAAAAAACUCAUGGUAUCGAGGCUGACUGAACUAAAUAAUAGUCAACCACAGUUAGAACCAGAAGAAAAUGAUAUCGUCGAGUUCUUCUCACAAGAUGAGGCUUUAAAGAGCGUUAUUCAGAAGUUUGGAAUCCUAAGUACCAGUGAUACAUUCCCGCCAUUAUGUGUCGCAGUUGGAACAGGAGUGACGGCAGCCAAAUUGAAUCAUUACACUGAAUUUACGUUGAUGGCAAAAGAUAGAUUUGAUAAUCCAAUAGGUCGAGGUGGUGAUUAUGUGAUCGCUAAGCUGACAGAUGGAAAAGGUUUGACAACUAAUGUUGACGUGAAGGACUGUCAAAAUGGCUCCUAUACAAUUGGCUACACAGUACAAAGCAAGGAAAAGCACACCCUCUCUGUGUACGUGAGAGAAAAACCGAUACAUGACAGUCCUUUCGAGGUAAAUGUUAUCGCUGGUAUCGACUGCGAAAAGAUCGGACCAAUGUUAACGCAGUUUGGAUCAGGAGGUGUAAUUUCAAGUGUGAAGAAUAAUGACAAUUAUGAACCGUGGGGUGUGGUAUGUGACAAAGAUGGAAAUAUUUUGGUUACUGAUCAUAAUAAUCAUAAAGUCCUGACGUUUGAUGUUAAUGGCAAGUUACUUUCGCAAUUCGGUGUACGAGGUAAGGACGAUGGAGAAAUGUGGUAUCCUACUGGAGUUGCUGUUGAUAAACAGCUCAAUAUAUACGUUGCAGAUCAUGGAAACCAUCGUAUACAGACAUACACAAAAGAUGGACAGUUUAUAAGAAAAUUCGGAACACGAGGAACAACCGAAGGACUACUGAAAGGUCCAUGUGGAAUUGCAAUCGAUCAGGAAAACCGGUUAAUUGUGGCCGACCGUGACAACCACCGAAUUCAAGUGUUCGAUUUAAAAGGAAAUUUCCUGUUUAUAUUUGGAGGGUCGGGGUCUGCGGAUGGCAAGUUUAAUUCGCCACGUCAUGUUGCCAUCACAACUGAAAAUCACAUCUUGGUGUCAGAUACAAACAAUUAUAGGGUUCAAAAGUUUGACCAGAACGGAAAGUUUUUGUCAAAAUUCGGUACCAAAGGAGCACAAGAUGGCCAGUUUUUGUGUCCGUCCGGAUUGGGUACAGACAGUGAAAAUAAUAUUGUUGUUUCAGACUUUAAAAAUAUCGAUGCACAAUUAUUUAGUUCUGAUGGUCAAUUUAUUAAGAAACUGGGUGCAACAGUCAAGCAGCUGUCAAAACCAACAGGUGUAUUCAUAACGAGUCAUGGUAACGUUCUUGUUGCCGACAGAGGCACACAUAAAAUACAUAUGUAUUAAAUAACAAGUCAUUCAGCAGUGAAUGCUCAAACUUAGAUAGAUAUAUUCUCAGUAAAAGAAGUUUAUUGGUGCUCUGGCUUAUAAACGUCUAACCAUCAUGCCUUGCAGAUGAAAAUCUUUUGUAUAUAUGUAAGAAAGAUUAAAAAUAAAAAAAUACAAUUUUAUCAAUCAUUUCUAAA